GUAGCGAUAAUAUCACACAUGACGUCAUUGUUUUGUAUGACCUCCACGGAGCAGAGAUAAGGCGAUACAAAUCAUCAAAUGUUGAAGUUAACGCUACAAUGUUGGAGACAGGUAUUGUACACACACCUUCGUAUUAUUUUGUAUUUUUUAAAAUUAAAUUUACGAAAUGCUAAUACUAUAUAGGGUAAACAUACAAGAAAGCCUAUUUCUACUUUAAAAGUGCAAGGCGUUGAUAAUUUUAAUUUAAAAAAAAAGAUAAUUAAAAAAAUAAUGUUAAAAAAAAUUCGAAAUAUCGAACAUACAAAACUUUUUUAAUCCAUUUAAUUUUCUAAGCAAGUGUUCAAUUUGCUGAACAGGGUAGAUUAAUAUUUUUCACAUGCAAAGUUAAUUUUUAAAAAUUUAUACGUUUAAUGUGUGUAAACUUUGGCAAUGGAAAUAUACUUAUUUUUACUAAAAAAAAAUUGACCCUGAUGAGGUCCAUGACAUAAUACAAUAUUACUUCGGCCACAUUUCUAAAUAAAUGUGUCGAUUGACAUUUCCCCCUUUUCUUUUACACAUAACACUAUGUGUAUUAAUUUCUAGGCUUCAUUUGUCGAGCAACACAUAUUUUGGGCUGGGAAAGUGACCCUGUAUUUUAUAAGCCGAAACGUAAGUAAACAUAUUGUAUUUGUAUGUGUAUGUGUAUGUGUGAGUGUGAGAGAGUGUGCGUUUAUUUGUUUAUUUGUGUUUUAAACAUAUUUUUGUUUGUUUUACAGUCAUUAAAUAAAAAAAAAUAAUAAUAAUUCUGCGCUAAGUUAAAUACUUCACUGUCUAUCACAUCACAAGGUUCAUUGAAUUAGAAAAAGCUUGUAGAAUUUUAAAUUUUAAACAAAAAAGAUAAUCAUGCACUUUUAGCAACAGCUUAUUUUUUUUAAUGUAUGAAUUGACAUAUGUUUGUAUGCGUGUAGCCGAUGGCUCUAACAGAAACAGGAUAAUAUGGAUAUCUUCUUUGGCAAGUGGAAGUCUAUUUGUGAUAAUUAGUAUUAUCGUUGUCUGCUGCACCUUAAAAAGGAAAGGUAAAUAUCGUGUUUUGUGGAUGUUUUAAAUGUAAAAAUUAUUAGUUUUAUUUUAUAUCUAGGCACUCGCUACAUUUAUGUAAUGUUUCUAAUGUUAAAUUUCUAUUUUUUGUGUGUAAGUAAAUAGUUGUUUUUCAUGGUUUUUAUUUAUUUAUUUUUAAAUUAAUUUUUUCAACGUAUUAUUUUUUUUUAAAAAUGAGAUCAAUUUGCUACUUAAUAUUUAAGACGUGGGUUGAAGCAUAAAAUCUACAUGCAAUUUUUAUGUUUGUUUGAAUGUGAACACAGUUUUGAUAAAGAAAACAGUAGGAAAUGCUUCUUCAGACUACGGCUAUUUGGACGUUUCGCCAUAUACCGACGCAAGCAUGCGUUUAGAAAUAUUACAGCUGUUAACACUUACUGGUGGCCAAAUACAGGACCUCAACAGCUAUUCCACACUAGACAAUUCAAUGACAGGAAUGAAACGAAUGAUAUACCCUAAUGCAAUCUACAACACGAUUGAUUAAUGGAAACAUUAAGUUAAACACACGUUUAUAUGGUCACAUUUGUUUAGUCAUGAAGCUUUGAUUACUUGAAUGAAUGUAAUGUAUUUUUUUUUAAUAAAUUUGAUUCUACAUGUGCAAUGAAAGGAUUCUAUGUAAACUCUCGGGAUAUUAAAAAUAAUAAGUUAAAAUAUGUUUCCAAUUUCAUUU